AAGUCCAGUUAAGGCUUCGAUUGUUUGCACUUCUUCCUGUUGUAUCAUAUGGGCUGCACUGGCAGUCGGCCAAAAAAGGCCCCCGGUCGGGAAGUAAGGCCUCUCUCAGUUGUAGAGGCAACCAAAGCAGGUCAAGAUAGUCGUACUUCAGGCGAGCUGGUCUCAGCUUCUACUGGUGCACCCACCACGCCCCAAUCGGAGCCUAGCAGUCUAUGGAGAACAACGAACAUUACUUGGAGGUCUCCACACGUACCCCCCUCGGGUCGUCACUGCUAUCAUCAUUAUCGUGAACCUCAUAUUAACCCCUCUAUCAAGCGUUAUACUCACCAUCCCUUCUCGACCACAUAUCAAGGAUCGAGCGGUCAUCGUAGACAUUCGUCCAGAACUAGAUCGAGUUGUCAUAGAAAGCACGAGCAUGUUGAGCGUAGCUUAAGUACCGGGUGGCAGGACAAUUUUCUAACCCGACGAAUGCAGACUCGUUGAGAAGCAUCACAAACAGGUGUACAACCAACAGGAUAAGAACCUCUCAUUCACCCAUACCUGUUGUACUCGCUGAUAUUUCGUAUCUGCCUUUCGUUGUCGUCUAACUCUACACACAGUUACGGCUAUCCAGUUCAUCCAUUAUACUCUUAGUACUAUUCGCCUUCUAUCCAAUCACUAGUUGUCAUAAGACUUUCAAGGCCAAGUGCCUGUCGAUAGUGUUGGCUAAGGUUAAGCUGUUUAACACUAUUGCUACAGUUGUAUUCCAGUGGCUUUGUCCGCGGUCGCGCAUACCAUUACUUGGUCACCUGAUGACGAUGUGUAACACAAGCUCCAUUGUGUAGAGCAUACGACAGUGCUUCAUAUUGGAGACUCUCCAAUGGAGAGUAUGGUACAGCUUCCGAUUGGAUUAGGCAAUUUAUUCGUCUCGGAUUACCAAGUCUUGGUACGAUCUACUCGACCGGCUUCGUCACAUUCUACUUGUCAAUCUCUACACG